AUGGCAGACGACAACAAAACAGACCCCACCAAGUUUCUCAGUUCCAUCAUCGGAAGUUCCGUGGUUGUCAGACUCCACAACGGUAUCCUGUACGAGGGCAAUUUGCAGAGCAUCGAUGGCUACAUGAAUGUGGUUUUGGAUUCUGCCAAAGAGUAUGUCAACGAGGUGGCAGGCAAGGCGUUUGGAGAUGUUUUCAUUAGAGGAAACAACGGUAUGUUAUUCUAUUAUAAAGAAUUUUCAAUCGAUUUCAUAACAAAUUACUAA